AUGAUCUUCUUGCCCUUUUCUGCAUUCCUGUUCUUAUGGCUCGCUCAUUCCCCUUCCUCACUCGCCCGCCACACCCUGCACAAGCGUAUGGCUGAUCAGAGUGCCCGCCUCCUUGAAGCUUCCUCAAGAGCACGCGAGCCCCAAAGCGCCUAUGAUCAAAUCGCUAGCACUUCUUCUGACCGCCUGGUUCCUCUCCUCAGCUCUGGCCGUCGUCUUCCAACAGACCCGAGCCCGCAUCUGCCAGCUUCAGGCUCAGCUGCUGCUCCCAUACCUGCUAUGAUAGAUCAAUUUAGCGCCACUUGGAAGUCCGUCUCUUUUCUUGCAAAAUUACUUUACCGCGCCACUUCUCGGCCCAGGAUAUUCAGCUACGCUCGCCAACUUCAAGGCAAAUUUUCUACUAUACCGUCCGACUCAGACCAAGUAAUGCACCUCGACACCAUGGUUGAAAACAUGCUCCAAGGCUUGAUCAUCGAAAGCAACUACGAAUCUUACCUAACAGUCGAUCUUUCCUACUUCAAAGACCAAAUCGCGCAAUCGACGACCUGGUAUUUGCGCGAAAUCCGAAAGUUCGUCAUUGAGGGGGAGAUGCAGAAGUAUGACUCGGAAAUAGCGAGCAACAGCCAGCUGAUCGCCAAGAAACUGACCAGACCCGCGGGGCCUGGCGACAUACAUCCUCUUGUCGUUCUGUCCAAAAAAAUCUCGCAAUUCAACUGGCGUGACCUGCAGGCUUCUCGGAAAGCCAUCCGCUCCCGCAAGGAGCCCUCUAUAGCGGCUCUGGCCAAUUUACAUGGAUUAUUUGGACCCCAGGAUAUCUUCAAAACCUCAUUAAACACGAUGCUUUGCCAUCACAGCUUCGAGUAUAAGCCAAGGUACCUUAAAAGUGUUCUCCCGGUUAAAUUGUUUGGGGAACUUGAAAAAUUACAGCCUCACCUCACAGAGCUGGCCGAAUACCUACGCAAGACCGAAAACGCGCCGGCCAGUUCGCCACUACCCCCCAACUUGGUUGAUGAGUUCAUGCAGUUUCGAUCGAGACUAACUUGGAUGUUUGGGGAUUUCAAAGCCUUUGAAAAAUACAUGUCAAAAGUUAUCCAAUCAGAGCAUUACAAAGCUUUUGAAACCGAACUCAAGUCCCCCAAGGACAUAGCCGGUUACGAACUUCAGCUCAUACAGUUACCAGGUGACGCGCAGACAUUGGAAAGCAUGGUCCAACUGGUUCCUGGGGAUGACAUCCUUGCUUUCACGGAGGAUCUUCAAGUUAGAGAAUGGGCUCUACAAAACACUGAAAAGCGUUUGAGAACUGCAACCAAAGCCUGGGAACUCAGAGAAAACCUUUUACAGAUUUAUACCCCUCAAGGUCUUGACCUCAUUUCCCAGAAGAUAUCUGCUCCGGUAAAAUUUUUGAAACAAUGA